GAUUUACCAAGAAGGCUCCGAGGCCAGCGCCGCUGUAGUGGCCGUCGAGACCCCCACCAUCCACAAGCUCGAAGCAGGGAUAGACCCCAGCGCCAUCGAAACGAACGAGGAAAUUGAGAUCGCCUAUCCCAUCACCUGCGGGGAGAGCAAAGCCAUCCUGCUCUGGAAGAAGUUUGUCUGCCCGGGAAUUAAUGUCAAGUGUGUGAAGUUCAAUGACCAGCUGAUCAGCCCGAAGCAUUUUGUUCACCUGGCUGGGAAGUCUACCCUCAAGGACUGGAAGAGAGCCAUUCGCCUCGGAGGAAUCAUGCUGAGGAAGAUGAUGGACUCGGGGCAAAUCGACUUCUACCAGCACGAUAAAGUUUGCACCAACACCUGUCGAAGCACCAAGUUUGAUCUCCUGAUCAGCAGCGCCAGAGCACCGGUGCCGGGGCAGCAGAGCGUGGUGCAGACUCCGACAUCAGCUGACGGGAGCAUCACCCAGAUCGCGCUGUCGGAGGAGAGCAUGGAGGAGGGGAUUGAGUGGAACUCGGCUCUGACGGCUGCCGUCACCAUGGCCACUGAGGAAGGCAUGAAGAAGGACACGGAUGAGAUCUCGGAGGACACACUGAUGUUCUGGAAAGGAAUAGCUGACGUGGGGCUGAUGGAAGAGGUCGUAUGCAACAUCCAGAAGGAGAUAGAAGAAGUCCUAAGAGGGGUCCAGCAGAGGCUGGGUCAGUCUCCCUUCCAGAUGACAGAUGCUGCAGUCCUGAACAACGUUGCCCACACUUUUGGCCUGAUGGACACCGUCAAGAAGGUUUUGGACAACAGGAAAAACCAGACAGAGCAAGGAGAGGAACAGUUUCUUUACACCCUGGCAGCCAUGCAGGACAGCGGCGCGCUGGCGAACGGGGCGGCCGUGGUCAACCCCGUGGAACUGGUGGCCAUGGAGUCCGGCCUCACUUCCACCAUCCAAGCCGUGGAAGGCACCUCGGAUGACGGGCAGACCAUCAUAGAGAUCGACCCGGCGCCGGAUCCCGAAGCAGACACGGACGAGUCGGAGGGCAAAGCUGUGAUCCUGGAGACAGAGCUGAGGACUGAGGAGAAGGUGGUGGGAGACGUGGAGGACCACCAGCACCAGGUCCAUAACGUGGAGAUUGUGGUCUUGGAGGACUAGUGGGGAAGGCAAGCGUCAGUUUGGGGAAGAGUUGGGAAUUUGUUUUUGUUUUGGGCUUUUUUGUUAAGCAUCUUUUCCAGCCACCCCAUUUGUUUCCAUGGAUAUUUUCGUUGUCCUGUAUAUAGUAUAUAUA